AUGAAGGCGGCAGCCGUCUUGUCGGCUGUGGCGGCAGCGGCCGCUGCCAUGUCAUACGACGGUCACAAGGUGUUCCGGGUUCCUGUGCUCGACGACGGCACCCAGGCCAACACGGUCAUCAACGAGCUGGGCCUCGAGGUGUGGCAGCCAGCCUCCAAGGAGGGCGCCUUUGCCGAUGUCGAGGUUCCCCGGGACAAGCUGGCUGCGUUUGCAGCGGCGAUGAAGGGCCAGAAGCUGGAAACCAUGCACGAGAACCUGGGGGCCUCGAUUGCCAAGGAGGCCGCUUUCCAGACCUAUGCUGAGGGUUCGUCCAAUCUCUCCACCUGGUUCGAGUCGUACCACCCGUAUCAGGACCACGUCCAGUGGAUGAGGGACAUGGCGUGGAGAUACCCGAACCGAACCAGGGUCGUCACCUCUGGCAAAAGCCACGCCGGCAGCCCCAUCUACGGGUUGCACAUGUUCGGCGCGAGCGGGGGCGGCAGACGACCUGCCGUUGUCUUUCACGGGACGCUCCACGCUCGCGAGUGGAUCGUUUCCAUGACACUCGAGUACAUGGCCCACGAGUUCAUCACCAAGUACAGCACCAACAAGGCCCUCAAGUCCUUCUUGAACAGGCACGACCUGUACCUGUUUCCCAUUGUCAACGUCGACGGCUUCCGGUACAGCCAGACGAGCGCCCGGCUGUGGCGCAAGACCCGCGGCCCCACCGUGGGAUCCCCCUGCGUCGGGACGGACCUGAACCGAAACUGGCCGUACAAGUGGAGGGGGGUGGCAUCAUCUUCCACAAACCCCUGCGACGAGACGUUCCGCGGCACGCGGCCCGGCGACACGACGGAAAUAAAGGCCCUCACGGCCUUCCUAAAGGACCUCAAGAGCAAGCAGGGCGUCAAGAUGUACAUUGACUGGCACUCGUACUCGCAGCUCUUCAUGCUCCCGUACGCAUAUACUUGCAGGGAGCGGGCCGAAAACCACGACACGCUCGUGUCCCUCGCACGCGGCGCGUCCAAGGCCAUCCGCGCCAUCAACGGAACCUUCUUCGACGUUGGCACAAUCUGCGAAAAGCUCUACAGGAGCUCGGGCACCUCUGCCGACUGGGCCAAGGAUGUCCUCAAGGCAGACUACGUCUUUAGCGUCGAGCUGCGCGACAACGGUCUGUACGGAUUCGUCUUGCCGCCGGAGGAAAUCAUCCCGUCCGGGAACGAGGCCUUUGCGGCAGCCAUGUACCUUUUCGAGAACGCGCGUUAG